UCUUGUACCCAUUUCCUUCAUGACAACUUUGAAUUUACUGCAUAUUUGUGUAUUUAAAAUACUACCUGCUACCAUCUUCUUGAGAUGUGAACAGAAAUAUUGGCUCUGUGUACUACAGUUCUGUUGUCUCCUGUUGGUUCUCUGUAGGCUGGUCUCAGUCCCCCUCCAUAACGGGCCAUGGAGAUUGUGACGUUAGACGCCAGCGUUCCUUAUAAGCACCUGUCCCUCCACGUCACGCCAAGCUCCCAAUAUGAAAAGCGUGUGAUUGUUUUCCGAAUGAGACAGUGUGCUUAAAUAGUAGACUGGGACUAUAUAGCCGCCAUAGAGGUUCUUUUAUCCAUACAACUGCAAGCAAGACCUGUGAGGACACUGCACACAGGAGCUUUACACUGCACACCACAGGAUAGUGGCGGUUUGUUGCUCCUCUCCCAAUAUAACAUGGAGGUGGCGCCCUGUGUCCAGGAAGCUAAUAGCCAUGCAGCAUUGCUGUUGGCAAGUCUGAACCUCCAAAGAGGACGAGCUCAGUUCUGUGACUGUGUGGUCAGACAGAGACAGAACCUGAGUCAACUUCACCCUGCACACAGGUGUGUCCUGGCAGCUUCUAGUCCAGUGUUGGCAUCUAUCUUGUCCUCUUCUGGUGCCCUGGUAGAACUGCAGGCUCCAUGUCUGUCUGACUCUGUACUGGCACUUCUUUUGGAUUACAUUUACACAGGGGCUUUGCCAUACGCUCACAGCCAGCAACAGUAUUAUAAUCUACUUGCUGCCGCCUGCCACCUACAAAUGAAUGAACUGCAGGAGGCUCUGAAGGCUUGGCACCAGACUGCAGAUGAUACAAAUGCUUCUGCUGGAGCUAAGAAUCAGCCAUAUAAAGACAUUAACAAUACUUAUAGUAAAACUGUGAACACUUUCAAUAAGCUUCUGCCAUUAUCACUGGAGAGAGAGGAUCAUCACUAUUCAGCCACUGUGGACACAUGUGAUGACUUAGAUCCAUGUAGAACUAGCAGUAAAAAUGGUGCAAAACACUGUAGCAUAAAAGAUGCAAGCACUAUAAGCAAUGCAAGUACCUGUAGUGUAAAUACAGGUGACUACAGGCAAGUAACUCAUCUGACACCUGAGGAUUUGAUUCAAAAUAUCCCUUGCAACGCUGAAGGACACAUGGUAUCUGGAGAGGACAAAGAGGUGCAAAAUGAUCAGUUUUAUUCAGCUUAUUCAGAUUGCAUAGAGGAGGAGCUAGAGAAGACAUAUGAGGACAGGAGGCGCUUGACUUUACCGUGCACUGCUGAGGUUCAAGAGGAAGAUAUGAGCAGAGCAGAGAAGAAGCAGCGACUGUGUUUAACAGUGAAAAGUAAAGCAGAGGGGAAGGAAACUAAUAGAAAAGAGGAAGACAAGACUCAGACCCGUCUCUCUCCCCUUCUUUGUCUCUCGGCCUCCCACCUUAGGGAAAAUGUCCCCCCCUCACAGUGCUCAUCCUCAUCCUCUUCCUCAUCCCCGCAUCCGUGCUGUGGAGCAGUGCCUGUCAUUCGUCACAGCAGUACAGCAGCUAUGCUCCAUCUGGCAGAAGUGUCUCCAAUGCCUCCUCACCAUCCAGUAUCCCAGGCCUCAUGCAGCUCCAACAGGGCCCCUGACUCACCAUCAGGAAGCACAAACAGUGAGAGCAUUGUUGAAGGUAUUACCGCUACACACAAAAAUCACUAUGGGGAACAGAAUAAUGAUUACAGAUACAAUAAAGAACACAUUGGGACACAGAAUUGGGAUCAUAAGGAUAGUUCAAAUCAAUCUCACAUCCGAAAACAGGAUUACAACAGCAGCAAUACAGAUCCUUUCAUAGAACAGAAUGAUGAACAUAUGAGCAAUGGAUUAUCCCACAUUACAGAUCAUAAUGAUCACCAUGCUUAUUGUAAUUCAUUUCAGAUUAAGAAUCACACAAAACAUCUUAGAGAUGAUUUAGUGCCACAGAAUGAGGAUAGCAGCAAUUUCGCAAGAGGAUUGCAGUAUAAACCUGAUAUCAGUUUUGAUGAUUUGACCUCCAAACAUCCGCGACUGGAUUGUUCUGAUUGCCACAAUGUCUGGAUGGCAACUGCAGCAGAGGAACAGUACAUUCACUCGCAAGAUACGAGCGCUGUAGUUUCACUUCCUGUACAGGACUCAAACACAGGACGUGACUCUCACUGUGAAGAUUUGUGUUCCCAGGGAGAAACAAAAGAGGAAUACAGUUACUCAAGGUGUCCAGCUGUAACAGAUAGACAGGACAGCCACUGUAACCUCUAUGGACCCAAGGCGGCUUGGUACCCAAACUUGCAUCGAGCUGAAAGGAGCACAAAAGAUGCUGCCUCUAGCCAGCAUGAACAUGACUCAGACAACAGAGACAGACCUAUGAUGGACAAAAGACACAGUUUUGAUGUUUGUCGGCCAGUCUCCACCACUCCAGAAUCAUGUUUGGAUAGUGUCACUGGUGAUCUCUCUGGCAUUGAACACUGUACAUCUGUGGAACUCGGAAAGAUGUCAGGCACUGAGCUCACAGAGCCACACUUAACUUGUACAAUGUCUGUGGCCCACAACACCACUGACCCUACGUACAAUGUUGUGGGCCCAUCAUACCGUGGACAUCUUCAAUACCACUGCCUACCACAGGAGGAAACAUACUUAUCACACAGAUACUCUGGUCACAAACACUCCCACCCGAGCCACCCUGAUUAUUCAGACCAGUCCAGUGAUGAGGGGGAGGUUAGUACCUUUGCCAGUCCAGGUUACAGUCCUCUGAGGCAGCAGUUUGCUACAGGAACUACAGACCAGAUUCUACUGCUGGACAUUAAUGCCACACCUGCUGAGUUGCUAGUUGCUAAUGCGAUCCACCAAAAGGAAACAUUUGGAAAUGGGUUUGGGAAUAAUGAUAGAGAGCAAUGGACUGAAGCAACAUCUGUAGCAUGUGUUGAUACUAAAUAUCGGGUUGGAGAAACAAAUGUUGAAGAAAGAAAAUCUGCUGGUAAAGACCAAAGCAGGCCAGGAGCUGAGGUUAUACAUAAAGCUGGGGUUGAGGAGGGGGUUUCCAACCCUAAACAUGGUCAGAGCCAGACCCCUACCUUGGCAGUCUGUUCACCUACUGGUGUGCAAGACUCUAUACAAGCCUCAAUGUCAUCUACCCUGUCUAUCUGCAUACCUCCUACCCUGGCAGCCAGUAUGGCAACAAAUAUAUCAGUUCACCUGCCAAAUCCUGUUCACCACCCUUUCAAGUGCUCUCUGUGCCACCGUGCCUUCAGCCAGCGAGGCUCUCUAAAUAGACACGUGCGGAGCCACCUUGGCGUACGGCCCUUCCCCUGCCCUCGCUGCCCUAUGACCUUUUCACGGCAGUACCGUGUCACAGAGCACAUGCGUGUUCACCAGCGGUGUGUCCUCGGGAGUGAUCUUCAACAGCCACCUGCUUCUUCAAUUUGAAACAAGGAGAGGCCUCAAAAUUGAAAUGCAUUGUCCUGUCAUUAAAGGACGGUACUAUUCAAAUGUAUUGGUUUGUUUUCAAUAGUUCAGGAUGAUGAGAAUUUUCUUUCAUAUUUUGCAAAUAUACGGAAGACAAUUAGUCAAAUGAGAUGAAGUCCUGACAUUAAUUUCAGAAUGUAUUAAUAUCUUUGCACUCAAGGGUAACAAUGGGAGUUAACACUCAUAAAGCUGCAAUGCUAUGACAAUUGGCCAUUCCAAAUAACGAGUAAAUGGGAAAAAGAGGCAAAAAAGUAAAUAAAUAAAUUAUUGAAAGCACCUAUUAUCAAUAUUUCGAUGUUAGCCAUGACACCACAGAUGACUAUCACCCAACGCUUCCCUCACAUCUACAGAGCUUUUAAAUGUCUUUUCAGCUCUACAAAUCUACUGCCUGCCCAGCAACAUCAGACAAACAAAAUUAGCUGCAAGAUGGUGACCAUAGUGUAGCAUUAAGCAGCUACAGAGCCAUUUCCAUCUGAGACUGAAUAAAUGCUUAAAGCAGCUUGAAUUGACUUUUUUGUUUUUACAUUAACACUGUAUGAAAUGGCAAUGUGAAAACAAUGUGACAAUGUAAAAGGGGUUGCUCGUAGUGAUGAACCUGCAAAGAAUUAUCACCUGAAUUUGCAGCUGCCCUUUAUAGUGAGAACAAAGUUAGUAAUAUUUCCAAGAAGAUGGGACCAAAAACAGAGCUAAAAGAGAGUGAAUGUUGGACUCACAAUCUCCAGCUAAUAGACAUGUCAAUGUUGUGUUCGCAACAGUGAACACAAAAAUCAGUUAUUGCAGGAUUAACUUGCUCCUUAUCCGCCUGUUGUGUAAAUAAGCAAGUUUGCUAACACGUUAGCCAUAUAGUAUAACAUGAAAGGUGAUGAUAUUUGAUUGUAUUCACAGCUUGUUUUCGCGGCCCUCAAGUGAAAAGAAAUCUGUUAAAAAUGAUGUAUUUCUGAUUGUUGAUUAUCCUCCCCUCUCUUACUGUAGAGUGCAGCAGUAGAGGUAUAAACAAUGAUAGACACAAUGAUCCCUAAUUUUGAGUCACAGGCCGAAACAAAACUUUGCAAAGUUAUGACCAGAGUCACUUCAGCAGCAGUGUCCUCAUUUAUGAUUAUAGUGGCCUGAGGGUAGAAGCUCCUCCUGACCCUCUGAGUGAUAACAUCUAGCUUUUUGGGACCAGGUUAUUUCCGUGAACAAAAGCAUUUAUUCCUAAAGUUACAUCGCUGAUGCUUACAGUGUUUGAGUUUGCUAAAAUGUUAACAUCUCCAGUCUCUCUUUCUUCAUCAGUAGGCACUGCGUUGUAAUUAAUCAUGAGGUUAUCUUUGGCAGACAACAUACUAUUAGAAAUGAGUUACUUUUGUAUUGCAUGUCGAACAGUUACAAAGGUUUUGUAAAACAGUUGCCUCUCACGUAUCAUUAUUGUGACUCAUAUUCCCUGUUUAGAGUAUGUAUAGAAUGUCAAAUUCUUUGUUUUUAUAUAAUAAUGUAAUGUUGUGAUACUCAAAUAAGGAACAUUUAGCAGCAUUUUCAUUCCUUUAUUUAUGCAUGUCAUUUUUUCCUUUGUUCAUGGGAUGUGGGGUGUGUAAUCUAGAAGAGAUUCAAAUUAGAGAUUAUUUACAGCUGCUGAUAUAUAGUUUUGUCUGAUUUGUGUAUAUGAUGUAAUGAAUCAUGUUUUUGAU